AGUACUAUUUCUGAUUCUACAAUGUUCUACACUGUCAGUUCAGUUACCCUGAUUUUAAUUGGUUCAGCGAUAUAUGCAGAGUCCUUCACUAAAAAAUGUGAUGUGCUGGUGAAGUUAGACUCGGGACCUGUGUGCGGGAGAGAGGAGAGCGCAAACAAAAAUACCAAAUACUUCAGUUUCCAGGGCAUUCCGUAUGCGAAGCCACCCGUAGGCGCCAGAAGAUUUUCUGAACUGGAGCCACUUGAGCCAUGGUCUGAACCGUUCUACGCUUACGAAGAAGGGCCGGCCUGUCCGUCGAGAGAUAUUACUUACGGCAGUAUUACCGUCAAACGCAAAGGAAUGAGUGAAAACUGUAUUUAUGCUAAUGUAUUUGUACCGGCGUCUGCGACUCUGAACAGCGAUGAACUUUGCGAAGACAAUUCACUGCCCAUAUUGGUGAAUAUCCACGGUGGUGGGUUCCAAACAGGAUCUGGCAAUAGAGAUUUGCAUGGACCGGAAUUGUUGAUGUUAAAAGAUGUCAUUGUAGUAAAUUUUAAUUACAGAUUGGCCAUUUUCGGAUACUUGUCUCUUGCUUCUCAUAAGAUUCCUGGUAAUAAUGGACUGCGAGACAUGGUGACGCUGCUAAAGUGGGUGCAGAGAAAUGCAAAAGUAUUCGGGGGAGACCCUAAGCGAGUGACAAUACUCGGAGAAAGUGCUGGAGCAGCAUCAGUACACCUUCUCAUGUUGUCUCGGGCCUCCAAAGGACUAUUCAACAAAGCUAUUAUAAUGAGUGGUACCGCUAUACCAAACUUCUAUAGCUCGUCCCCAAUAUAUGCCAAAUACAUCUCCGACAUGUUUCUCGGAGAACUAGGUUUAAACUCUACCGAGUUAACGUCUGAUGAAAUUCAUCAGACUUUAACUGAAUUACCGUUAGAUGAUAUUAUGAGAGCCAAUGACGUUGUGCAAUACAGAGCGGGUUUAACUUCGUUCGUUCCGGUUGUAGAGAAAGAGGGUCAUGAUUAUACCAGGAUCAUUGACGAUGAUCCGAUUACUUUAAUUAAUCAAGGUGUGGGCAAGGACAUUCCCUUACUAAUGGGUUUCAAUAAGGAUGAAGGUGAAUAUUUCAAAUGGAUAAUCACUAUUUACAAUAUUGUGGACCGUUAUAAAAGUAAUCCGGCAGUUAUUUUAUCGCCAAGACUGGCGUACGAGUUGCCCCCACAAGAAGCUUCAGCCAAAGGAAUAUUCGUGGGGAAAAGAUAUUUUGACGGUGAGCCCACAGUGGAUGGAUUCGUAAAAAGCGUGACGGAUAUUUACUUUCAAUAUCCUAUGAUCAAACUGGCACAAUGGAGAAUACUUUUGAAUUCGGCGCCGACAUAUUUUUACGAAUUUUCGUAUGAAAGCGACUUCAGCAUUACAAAGAGAGCCAACUGGUUAAGCUACAAAGGAACUGCUCAUGUCGAGGAUCUGACGUACGUGUUCCACACUACCACGUUUCUCGGAAGUCAAGUGUCAGUGCCUCCUAAAACCAGAGAUGACCAAAUGAGGGAUUGGAUGUCUACUUUAUUCAGUAACUACGUAAGAUGCAAUAAUCCUACAUGCAAUAAGCGUGAUGAUCCUCGGUGGCCUCCCAUUAACGAAGAAGAGUUAAUGUUUCAAGUUAUCAAAGAGCCCAAUGUUUAUAAGAUGUCUUCAUUACCAAAGCAGUUGGAGGACAUGGUGGAAUUCCAUGACGGUGUAGACGAUCAAGUCAGGAUGCAGUCAGAAAUCCUUAAGGAGCAAAAAAAGAAACAUAGUAUGUACCAGUAACUGUCUGAAACAUAGUAAUAAUACUCUGUCAAGAAAGUACCGGGAAAAUAUCAAUAACGCAUGAAAUAUUAGUCAUCCAUCCAAAUUUAUUUUAUCACCAUUAAAAUAUGCUCCUUUAGAAACCAUAUACCUCAAUUAAUAAUUCAACCAUCUAAACAUUUUUGAAACAUAUACGGAAUUGUGUUCAGUUCUCGCCGUGGAUUCCUAUUUGUAUUCUACCGAAUGAAAACGGGUGCCACGAAGUGGUAAUUUGAGUUUAGGAAGAAGAAAAAAGAGAAAUCGACUGAACCAAUAUCUAGUCAAUUCGGUGAUGACUUGUGGGCAUUUGUUGAGUUUUUGGUCAAAACUUCGUUCACGAUGAGAUUCUUGUGCGAAGGCGUAUUAUCGUGGAGCAAAAUCUAAGAUUUUUUUCCCACAAAUUUGGCCUUUUUCGUCAAAUGUUCUCUCUGAAAUGACGCAUAACAAUCAAAUAAUAUUUUCUAUUUAGUGCAAGAUCUCCCGACAACACCGCGAUAGUCAAAGAAGAGUCAGCAUAACUUUGACUUUUGAUCGAAUUUGUUUUUUUUUUCGGUUUUGAUUCAUCUUCCAUUAUACCUCGGCCUUUUUUAACGCUUUUUCUGGCUCAUAUGCGCGUGUUUUGAAUAAAGUCGAUUCACCGUAAGUCUUCUGUAACAUUUUAAGUGACUUCGGAACACGAAUUCACAUUCGAUGUUUUGUCCAUUAUGAAAUGAGCAAUACGCACUAGAUAUGACAUAACUAAAAACAGCACUGUAUUUAAAGUAAAUAAUAGAUGUAGCUCCAACACCGCACUAAAGUGGAAAAUAGUAGUGCCCAUUUAAGGAGAACAAAUAAAACCAAAAAAAGAGUUCGGAACCAUUAACAAAUCCACUCCAGAUACUUUUUUGACUGAAUGUACAUUGAGUUUAUAAUAAACUAAUGGUAAAAUA